AUGGCGAGUACACGCGACGAGAGCAAGCAGCUAGCCAAGCGCCCGCGACAUGACGACGCCCAGGCUGCGCCGGCGCGCGUGCAGCUCAACCCGGACGACUGCAACCUCGAUUUCGUCGUCGACCAUGGCGGGCUCCGGGGGCACGCGCUGCACGGGGGCGGGUUCGCCUACUGCUGGUCGGGGGCGCGCGCGACGGCGGGGGUCCGGCGCGGCGGGCGGUACUGCUUCGGGUGCAGGGUGGUGGCGGAGCAGCCCGUGGAGAUGGACGACACGGAGGCCUGCCAGCGGCACCUCUGCCGCGUCGGCGUCUCAAGGGGGGACGACGCCGUGGGCAGCCUCGGGGAGGCCGGCGGCCACAGCUUCGCAUUCGAGAGCACCGGUAAGCUCUCCCACGACGGCAAGCUGAUGGACUACGGCGCCGAUUUUGGGGUCGGGGAUACCGUCAUCUGCGCGGUGGACCUGGAUUCCAGGCCCAGGGCGUCGAUCGGGUUCUGCAAAAACAGAGAGUGGCUUGGGGAAGCCCAAUCUUUCGAUGCCUUUUCCAGCGAGAAGGGGUUUGGCCUGGUUGAUGCUCCUGCGGCUGCGGGGCCGAGGCCGUGGGAGUCGGCAAUGUUCCCUCACGUGCUUCUGAAGAAUUUCAUCGUGGAGAUGCAGUUUGGCAUGGAGGACGGGCUGGAGCCGGUCAAUGGCUACCAGCCCUGGAGCUCAGCUUUGGCGCAUGGCAAUGGAGUGUAUGGGCCUGUGUUUGCAGAGCAGAAGGAGUGUGAGGUCCUGAUGAUGGUUGGCCUCCCGGCUUCCGGGAAGACGACUUGGGCAGAGAAGUUUGUCAGGGAAUCUCCCGAGAAGCGCUUCAUCAUUGUCGGAUUGAACCUUGCAUUGGAUCAACUGAAGAUGUCAGGGCUGUUGAGCAAUCCAUUCUACGAAGAGCGCUUGGAUAGCUGGCUGGACCGUGCUGCUAAAGUUGUGGAAGGAUUGAUGGGCAGAGCUGCAAGCGUCCCUCGCAAUUACAUUAUCGACCAGACCAACCUCGAAAGAAUCGCACGCAUUCGUCUUUUGAACAACUUCUCCAGUUAUGGUUGCAAAAUGGCUGUGGUUGUUUUUCCGGCGCCUGCUGAACGAAAAUCCAGGUCAUCGAAGCGAUUCAUUCAAACGUGGAAGGAAGUGCCAGAUGAUACGGUUAACAAGAUGGCAGCCAACUUUGCCUUGCCAAUGUCCAAGGACAUGCCUGGUUCAAUGGAACCUUUCGAUCAGGUACUUUUUGUUGAGCUCUCCCGGGGUGAUGCUCAGACAUACCUCGACCAAAUGACAAGUAACCGUGGAUCAAAUGCUUUCCCUCAAGAUGCUUCUGCUCGAGGCUGGCAGAGUACAAGCCAUAAUCAGAUGCGGUGGAGAUCCAGUGUUUCAGAUAAGCAGUCAAGUUCCAAUGCUCCAACCGAACCCUCAAGCUCAAAUGCUCCAGCUGAAAAGGAUAAGCAGGUGGACUCUGAUUUCAUCGUGUCCAAGAAGUUUGAGCUUGCACAUGAAUACGAAGAAAUGGAUAGGGAGUACAAGAACAUUAGGGAAAUGUCCAGGGGUGGCCAAGCAUCAGAAGCUGCUACUGAUGCUGCUUGGGCUGCGUUCGAAGCUCGCCUGGACAAAUGCAGAGCGAUACAGAGAGAGAUAAUGAACGCCAAAGGGGAUCCUCAGCCCAUCCCUGAGUGGUUUCUAUUGGGCAAGGAUUUUGUUCGGAUGAAGAACCUUGAGCUUCAAAAGGAAUUGGAAUUAGCGGUGGAAAGUCACAAGAAAUUCAUUAAGAUGUCCGGGAGAGGCCAUGCCCCGUCAGCUGAAAUUAAAUUUGCUUUGGCUGCAUUGGAAGGUCACCUUAACAAAUGCAGAGCGAUACAAAGAGAAAUAAGAGAGGCCAGAGGGGAUCCUGUACCCAUCCCGGAGGAGUUAUUGGACUACCGGCAGUAGAACCACGUUCAUUGAUUGUUGUUACAUGCAAAACACUGUUUUAGUCCUUGAGCAUCCGGGCAGUUCUUUUAAGGAACUCAGAUGUUAUAUACUCCUAGGUGCUAUAUAGUACUAGCACGGUUCAGUUUUUUUCUUUUCUUUUUUGCUAACUUCUUCAUCCAGUGGUGAGAUGGACCAGAGAGCUGGCCAUGCACAAUUCGUUAUUAUAUUCAUUGAAAUGAAUGAGUUGGAAUUUGAUUAUAA